UCAUGUUGAAAUCAUUCUGAAUCAAAAGUUUCCAAAUUCAAUUUUUUGAUUUCAAAAUGUCUAACGUUCAGCUAAUUGUAACACCUUUAAUCCUGAGUUUUCAGGCGCCUUUAUUGUACCCUCAAAAGCGCCUAAUUACACUGCUCAAUCCCAGCGAUAAGGCUGUGAUCUAUCGUAUUCAUUUAACCAAAGAUACGGAUUAUAGUGCAGAACCGUCGACUGGCAGGGUCGAGCCAUUUGAUACCACAGAGCUGACUGUAACGCUGUGGCCAAUUAAGGAGAAUUUACCCGGUGGCCAGCUAGAUGUGAGGAGCAUACCAGAAGACAUGAUCAAUGGGGCAAAUGAUAAAGACUGGAACUCAACGGAUGUCAAGUUCGAACUAGAUCCUAAUAAGACCCCAAGGCAAGAUGAUGAAACCUUGAGGAUGCGCCUGCAACGGCAGGAUCUCGCUCAGAUGUUUGAGAAACACUGCCAUCCAGUGUGUACCAAAUGUGCCAACCACUCAACCACUUCUCACCUCUGGCGAAACCGACUUACAUAUUUUCUUGUGGCUCUUGGCGUAGGUUUGGCUGCCUAUCUCAGCUAUAAAGCUUUGCUGAACUUGAAGUCCGAGCCUGUGUUUUAAGUUCGAAUCAAUUGAAUUAUGAAUUAUGCACAUAGAAAAGCCAGCCCCAAGCGGAUUUCACUCAGCCCCACGCUCACAGUUACCUAAAUCAAUCAUACGCGCCGAUGGCCUCAUUAGGCAGCCAUUUAGCUCAGCCAUUUGCACUCCCUCUUCAUUUGGCGUUCUCCCAAGUGUACACUCAGAAAAAAAACAAUAAGACGGAGGAGACAAUUGCAAUUUUAUAUCAUUUAUUAAAUUGCCAUAUUAAAUAAGA